AUGAUGGUGCUACGAAUGCGUGACAUGCUGUACGAGAAUCCGCUCGAUCACUUUCUUUCGCUGCUGUUCGAUCUGCUGAUCUUCUUCGUGAAGUCCAUCUACUACACCCUCGAAACGAUCGCCCUUACGCUGACGCCGUACCGAUUUCGGAAGCUAAAGGAUGUCUCUGGACAGGUGGUGUUGAUUACGGGCGGCGGUGGAGGUGUCGGACGGCAGCUGGCACUGAACUUUGCGCGCCUGCGAGCCCGUGUAGUCAUCUGGGACAUCAACAAGGAUGCACUCCAGGGUACGGUAGACGCACUGGAAGCGGAAGGCUAUCGUUGCCGUGCCUAUCUGGUUGACAUCUCCGAGCGCGAACGGGUAUACGAAGCGGCCAAGAAGGUGAAGCAAGAGGUCGGCAAUGUGGAGGUGCUGAUCAAUAAUGCCGGUAUCGUGGCGUGCCGUACGCUGUGGGAUCUAACCGAUAAGGCAAUCGAAAGCACGUACGCUGUCAACAUCCUGUCACACUACUGGACUUCACGCGCAUUCCUGCCAGAAAUGAUGAACGCAAACAGUGGCCACAUCGUUACGGUCGGUUCGGUAGCAGGAUUGCUCGGUACUUACGGAUGUACCGAUUACAGUGCGACCAAGUUUGCUUGCGUUGGAUUCCACGAGGCACUCUUCACAGAGCUUAAGACACACGGUUACGACAACAUUCACAUGACGCUGGUGUGUCCGUACUAUAUCAACACGGGCAUGUUUGCGGGUUGCAAACCACGCCUGCUGCCCAUGCUCGAACCGAAACACGUCGCGGACAGUAUGGUACGUUCGAUACUCAAGAACGAAGUUAACUGCACGCUACCAGACCACGUGCGUAUGUUUCUACCGCUUAAAUGUCUACUGCCGGCCAAGAUGUGCUGGGAGCUGAUGUACCGCGUCAUGAAGGGUCCGGAAACGAUGAUGGGCUUCCGUGGACGGGGCAAAGCAACGGCUGGAUAG